AUGGGUGAAGAUCUGUUUUGGGCUAUCCGAGGAGGUGGUGGAAAUACUUUUGGCAUUGUUCUUGCUUGGAAAUUAAAGUUAGUCCCUGUUCCACCUGUUCUAACUGUGUUUACAGUUAACAAGAACUUGGAACAAAAUGCAACCAAAAUCUUCCAUCGAUGUCAAGUAGGGAAGAAAACAGUUCAAGCUUCUUUUAAAGCCAUGUUUCUUGGUGGGGUUGAUGAGUUGAUUCCAUUGAUCCAACACAAGUUUCCGGGGCUAGGACUUGCCAAAGAGAAUUGCACCGAAAUGAGUUGGAUCGAAUCAGUUCUUCACUUUGGUGAACUUCCAAUACAACCUGUGGAUAUUUUGCUUAAUAGAAAUGUUCCAAGGUCAAGUCUCAAAGCCAAAACGGACUUCGUCAAGGAACCGAUCCCCGAAACUGGAACCGAAGGCUUCAUGUCCAUGUUUCUUGAGGAAGAAGCUGACAUUGCUAUAACAAUGAUUGUGGCUUUGGGAGGCAAAAUGUAUGAAAUUCCGGAAAAUAAAAUACCUUUUCCAAAUAAAGUAGGCAAUUUGUUUAUAGCCAUAUACAUUGCAGCAAUGGCUGAAUGA